GUUGAACUGAUUAUCAAGCAGGCGUCAACUUCCUUCUACACAUUACACAAUACACAUUUACCAGAUAAUCCACAAGCCGUUUAUAAGCUCGGACUGUUUUUCCGCCAUAAUUACUCCCUCCCUUCAUAAAACUUGCCAAUCUACUACUUCAAAUCACCAGGAUACCUAAGCGCGAAACCUACCUAUCUACCCCUCAUCAUGUCUGCCCCUCACAGAGAUGAUGGAGAUGAUGCGCCCGAGAUGCUCGACGCAGAAGACGCACUUGAGGAGAUCCAAGAUGCUGAAGGCGAUAUAGCUAUGGACUCUGACGACGACGAGCCAGAAGAGAUCACUUUACAAAACGACAGUAUAGCCUACUUCGACGCUCACAAGGACUCUGUCUUCGCCAUCGCCCAACACCCCACCCAACCCUCGCUCAUCGCAACUGGUGGUAGUGAAGGAGAGGGAGAUGAUGCGCCGGGAAAAGGCUACGUUUUCGAUACCAGCCCAGUUGUCGGUCGACCUGUCCUUCCGCCUAGCUACAACGCCGACCCGUCAUCACAACAACAAAAAAGCACCGAGUUAAAAGCGCUUUUCACAAUCGAGGGCCAUAGCGACUCGAUUAAUACGCUUGCAUUCACGCUACCUAACGGGCAAUUCUUGGUUUCGGGAGGUCUAGAUGGUAGAUUGCGCACGUACGAGCUAUCCGUAGAUGCACGAAAUAAACCGUCUUUUGCAUUCCUUGCCGAGUCCCAGGAGGUGCCCGAGGUGAAUUGGCUGGCGCCGUGCCCGUCGUCGAAGUAUCCCAACACCAUUGCGUUAGGUGCUUCGGACGGCUCCGUCUGGGUGUACACGAUCGACCCCUCCGAUUCCGCGAACCCCAUGCAGAUCGUACAGAGCUAUUUCUUACAUACCGCAUCGUGCACGGCCGGCUCCUGGUCACCCGACGGCACAUUCCUAGCUACAGUAUCGGAGGACAGUUCGUUGUGUGUCUGGGAUGUGUGGGGCGAAGCGGCUGCCAAGAACUUGGUCAACGACAACGGUCAGACGGUAGUAUCGCUUACGGGUCAGGACCAACGCUUUGGCGUGGAGGGUGGUCUGUACGCAGUUGCUGUGGACCCCAAAUCCACAUUCGUCGCGGUUGGUGGCGCGGGCGGCUCCAUCAAGAUAGUAGGACUACCACGAGUAGGCGUAGACAGCCAGCCUGUGUCUAGCAAGCAGAGCAAAACCAAAGCUAAAGGCGGGGAGGCGGGAAGCGCGCAAGCUGGUACUAUUCUAGCUGAUCUGCAGACGCAAUCAGAUGGAAUUGAGACGCUUAGCUUCUCUUCGCAACAGACACUGCUGGCCGCGGGUAGUGUGGACGGCAGCAUAGCGGUAUACGACACGUCGCGAAGGUUCGCACUGCGGCGGCAUAUCAAAGAGGCGCAUGAAGAGUUUAGCGUGGUGAAAGUCGAGUUUGUAGCGGGGCUCGGCGACGGAUGGCUGCUAACGAGCUGCGGUAUGGACGGCGUGGUUCGCCGGUGGGAUGUCCGAGGCGCGGCUAGCUCGACGACAACAAGUCUUAUGAAAGAGUGGAGGGGUCACAGGGGAGACGGCGAGGGUGGAGGAGUACUCGGGUUCGUGCAGGGCACUACCGGAGAGCGAGUUGUAACAGCGGGUGACGAUGGUGUCGUGUUGGUAUUUGAAGCUUAGGGAUUUAGAGGUACUUUAUGAUAAUGCUAGAAUUCAUACCCGGCUGUAGCAUAACAAGGCUUUGGCUAAGAUUUAUAUCUACUUCUUCGUGGACGAUUA